UCCAGUUGCUGUGCAGACGAUAAUUCACGAGCAGACGACGCAAAUUUCCAUAUGUGGGUGCCAUGCGCCAUGCUUGCUUUCGCGUUAUUCAAACUAACUGAAUCUUGCUCACGUGUAUAUAGAAAGUAUAUUCGAGUUUAUAUGUCGUAGCUCAAAAAGUUGAAGUUUCAACAAUGGUUAGGGUAAAUAAUUUAAAGAGAGUAGUGUGUGGGGUGUCUGGUGGAGUGGAUUCAUCUGUGACUGCGUUAUUACUCAAGAGAAAAGGUUAUGAUGUUGUUGGAGCAUUUAUGAAAAAUUGGGAUGGAAAGGAUGAACUAGGAGUCUGUCAAGCUGAUAAAGAUGCUGAAGAUGCUGAGCAAACUUGUAAGGCACUCAGUAUUCCAUUCGUUGAAGUAAACUUUGUUAAAGAGUAUUGGAACCAUGUGUUUGAGAAUCUUCUGCAAGACUAUCAAACAGGUCUAACUCCCAAUCCUGACAUUCUUUGUAAUUACCACAUCAAAUUUGACUUGUUUUUUGACUAUGCCAAAGUAAAACUGGGUGCUGAUUAUGUAGCUACUGGACACUAUGCAAGAUCAUCAUUAAGAAUGGAUUCUUGUGAUUCAGAAGUUGAAAAUACAAAAUUACUCACUGCCCAUGAUAGUUUCAAAGAUCAAACAUUUUUCCUAAGCCAUAUCAAACAAACUUCACUCAGAAAAACCUUUUUCCCUAUUGGACAUUUACUGAAGAGUCAGGUACGCAACAUAGCCAGUGACAAUGACCUGAAUCAUGUAGCUAAUAGGCCAGACAGCACUGGUAUUUGCUUCAUCGGCCGGCGAAAUUUUCAAGAUUUCAUUUGUGAAUAUAUUCCAGAUAACCCUGGACCGUUUGUCGAUGUUGAUACCGGCAAAGAGGUUGGACGACAUCAAGGAAUACACAUGUGGACGGUUGGACAACGAUGUAGAAUAGGAGGCUGUCUUCAGCCGUAUUUUGUUGCAUCCAAGCAACCGGAAACGCGUACAAUAUUUGUGGCCUCUGGUACGAAUCACCCGGCUUUGUAUUCAAACGUGUUCAUUACCGAUACUCCACACUGGAUUUGUUCCACUCCCAAGGACUUACUUGAAAAAGGCACCUUUGAUUGCUAUUUCAGAUUUCAGCAUACGAAACCCUUAACAGCUGCGCAAAUCGCAUUUAAUCAAUCUGGUCUCAUCGUGACACUAAAGCAACCUUUACGUGCACUAACUCCUGGCCAGUAUGCUGUCUUUUAUUCCGGCCAGGAAUGCCUAGGAUGUGCUCGCAUAACCCAAAACGUGGACAAUGCACAACACCUUCAUAAAACCGACGUAUGUUCUUCAACUGCAUAGUAACUCGUCUGAAGGGAAAAUCCCAUUUCGUCAAUAGUUCCCGAGGCGAUACUCGUUAGGCGGGAGAACAGCGAUGGCGCGGAGUAUUCACAUCUCUGAACAGUGGCUUCGUACCUGGCGGUGCCUUGUCAUACUAA